AGGAGGAAAUGGGGGCAAAGCGAGGGAAAGGAUAUAUUGUCUGCUAGACUGAACGUCAGCUGUUAUCUUGCUUGACUGCUUAUCCAGCGUGCUCACGCUGUCAGCUUUACAGCAUAAUAGCUUCACCCCUGGGUCAAGUCAAAGAUCAGUGUGGUGGCCAAAGAACUAGGACGAGCAGGCUUCCCACCGCUGCGACUUGCAAGUGCCAGUUGGCGUUCAAGUUGUCAGACAUGGCUGAAGUAUCGUUCGAGAGCGUAGAAAGUGUGUUGGAGAAGAACCUUCCUCCGGAGGACUACGAGAAAGUGCGAAAUGUCAUUUAUGGCAGAGAGUGCAGCAAUCUGGAGUUGAACCCCGAAGCUGUGGAGCAAUCAAAGAACCACAGUUUUGAACUGAAGGGCUACAAGAUCACAGCAGACGUCGAAGAACUACGCCCACCCAGGAUCGUCAGAGUCGGCCUGGUUCAGAAUAAAAUCGUUCUACCUACCACGGAACCUGUUGCAGCGCAGAAAGAGGCUCUUCAUAAACGAAUUGAGACAAUCGUCGAUGCUGCAGCGCUCUGUGGAGUCAAUGUCAUAUGCUUCCAAGAGACAUGGAACAUGCCGUUCGCUUUCUGUACAAGGGAGCGUACUCCGUGGACGGAGUUUGCUGAAUCUGCCGAGCACGGACCGACGGUGCAGUUAUGUCAACAGAUGGCCAAGCGACACAACAUGGUCAUCGUAAGUCCCAUACUGGAGCGUGACGAUUCGGAUAUCUUGUGGAACACCGCAGUCAUAGUUUCAAACAGUGGAGCCGUGUUGGGGAAGACCCGGAAAAACCACAUACCACGGGUUGGAGAUUUCAACGAGUCGACAUAUUAUAUGGAGUCCAAGCUGGGACACCCAGUAUUUCAAACCCAAUUUGGGCGAAUUGCCGUGAACAUCUGCUACGGACGGCACCAUCCUCUCAACUGGUUCAUGUACGGCGCAAACGGUGCAGACGUAGUCUUCAAUCCAUCUGCAACCGUAGCAGGACUGAGCGAACCGUUGUGGCACAUUGAAGCCAGGAAUGCUGCCAUUGCAAACAGCUAUUUUACAUGCGCAAUCAACAGAGUUGGCACCGAAAUCUUUCCUAACGAGUUCACUUCCGGUGACAAGAAGCCAGCACAUAAGGACUUUGGUUACUUCUAUGGCUCCAGCUAUGUUUCUGCGCCAGAUGGAAGCAGAACACCAGGCCUCUCAAGAACAAAGGAUGGCCUGCUGGUGGCAGAACUGGACCUGAACCUCUGCCGUCAAAUGCGGGACAAGUGGGGAUUUAGGAUGACGCAGCGAACAGAAAUCUACGCAGACGCCCUCUACUGGGUAGCUCAGCCCGUUCACGAAAAGCAAAUCGUAGUUGACACAACGGUUGGCGGGGACUACUGAACGCUCCCAGCAUGUUGGAAGUGUAGAACCAACUGCAAACGUUGUUGCUGUUAUGUGGAUUCUGAUCUUUUGUAUUUUUAUACUUACAAUAAAUAUGACCGAACAAUUAGUA